UUGAAAUAUUUCUUAAUAGACGGAGAGAGAGUAUAGGUAAAUCACUGACUUGUGUCGCCAACCCAAUUUAGCUGCUCUUUAGGCGGGGAGAGCUUGGAGAAGAAGAAGAAGAGAAAGACCUCUUCCCUUUUUGCUAUCUCUUUCGUCAAUUCAUCCAAACUCGAAGAGAACAGAACAGAACAGAUUUCAUUCGUUAAUUAAACAGUUUCAGUUUAUUGAUUUGCUUCUGUUUGUGUUUGUGUUUGUGUUGUGAUCCGAUCGAACCAACAUCGGAAUCAGAAAACACCCACUAAAUAAAUUGAAUGUCUUGUUUCCCGGCCUAGAUCAAGUAGUAUUUCAUGUAAACGAGACUAAUUUAUUCAGAGCUGGGAGAAGACAUUGAUUGAUAUACAUUCAUUCACCAACUGAUCUUAUUUGAAUACCGCUAUUUGAUCUAACUGAGGUUAAAGACAAUGUCGAGGCAUCUCCAUCGAACUUCAUAUGGGUGGGGGCGUUUAUCAGGAAACAGCCAAGAUUGGUGGGAUGGUGACAUUCAGAUGAACGAUAGAACAGAUAAAGAUGAUACCGAAACAAAAAGAUAUUCGACUGAUGAGAAACAGCAGUUGUCUUUUAAAUUACUUUACAAGUUUCUUUUUCGAGACAAUUCUUCUUCGAAACAACAGGGGGACAAUUGUUUCUCUACAGAUCCUAAUCUGAUGAAUACCCACAAGCUAGCCUGGCUAUUUCUCAAAUUCAGUCUUGUUGCAAUUCUAAUCAUAGCUCUGUUUUGGUCCUUAUGGUGGACACUUUCCUUCAAUACAACCAAUACAAAUCACAUAUACAGCGGAGGACAUAAAAGAAUCCAGGAGCAGCUUUUAUUAGAUCUAAGGGAUAUUGGAGACAUCUCACAUGGUAAUGCUAAGUUUAAAGAAUUGGAUUUCUGUCCUAAAGAGACUGAAAAUCAUGUCCCUUGCUUCAAUUCAACCGAGAAUCUAGCUUUGGGAUUAAACAAGGGUGUAGAGUAUGACCGUCUCUGCAGACAAGGAUUAAAGACAAACUGUCUUGUUCUUCCGCCUGUAAAUUACAAAAUUCCUCUCAGAUGGCCUACUGGAAAAGAUGUAAUCUGGGUUGCAAACGUCAAGAUAACUGCUCAAGAGGUUUUAUCUUCCGGGAGUUUGACCAAGAGGAUGAUGAUGUUGGAGGAAGAACAGAUAUCAUUCCGAUCAGCGUCACUUAUGUUUGAUGGCGUUGAAGAUUAUUCACAUCAAAUUGCUGAAAUGGUUGGGCUUAGGAAUGAAUCCAAUUUCCUCAAUGGUGGAGUUAGAACCAUAUUAGAUAUAGGAUGUGGAUUUGGUAGCUUUGGUGCGCAUAUGUUCUCCAAACAACUGUUAACCAUGUGUGUGGCAAACUAUGAAACUUCUGGUAGUCAAGUUCAGCUAACUCUUGAAAGAGGGCUUCCUGCUAUGAUUGGAUCUUUCAUAUCUAAGCAACUGCCUUAUCCAUCUCUUUCGUAUGAUAUGGUUCAUUGUGCUAGAUGUGGCAUCGAUUGGGACCAAAAAGAGGGUAUACUGCUUAUAGAGGUUGAUAGAGUACUAAAGCCGGGUGGAUACUUUGUGUGGACUUCACCACUUACAUCGGCGCAACACUCUAUUCCUAACAAAGAAAAUAAGAAACGGUGGGAUUUCGUGCGUAAUUUCGCAACUGGUUUAUGCUGGAAAAUGUUGUCACAACAGGAUGAAACUGUUGCAUGGAAGAAAACCAGUAACAGGGAUUGCUAUAGUUCCAGGAAAACUGGUUCAGGCCCAUCAAUCUGCAGCAAGAGCCAAGAUAUUGAAACUCCAUAUUAUCGACCAUUACAAUCAUGCAUAGGAGGAACUCAAACGCGUAGAUGGAUAUCAAUUGAAGAAAGACCAUCUUGGCCUUCACGGUCUAAAAUGAAUUCAUCUCUACUCUCAAUCUAUGGUUUGCAUUCGGAAGACUUUGCAGAUGAUACAGAAAACUGGAAUGCAGCUGUUCGUAACUACUGGACUCUUCUUUCACCUUUGAUAUUCUCAGAUCAUCCUAAAAGACCGGGCGAUGAGGAUCCAUCACCACCUUACAAUAUGGUUAGAAACGUGUUGGAUAUGAAUUCGAAGUAUGGAGGGUUCAAUUCUGGUCUUUUGGAAGCUGGUAAAUCUGUUUGGGUUAUGAAUGUUGUGUCUACUAGUGGACCAAAUACCCUUCCUUUCGUACUUGAUAGAGGCUUUGUUGGAGUACUACAUGACUGGUGCGAGGCAUUCCCAUCGUACCCGAGAACAUACGAUAUGGUACAUGGAGAAGGAAUUUUAUCGCUUGAAUCUACUACACAACAUAGGUGUGCCAUAUCAGAUAUCUUCUCAGAAAUAGACCGAUUACUAAGACCAGAGGGAUGGGUAAUACUACGAGAUUCAAAGGCUCUGAUUGAAACUGGAAGAGCAUUAGCAGCUCGGUUAAAAUGGGAUGCUCGUGUUAUUGAUAUCGAAAGCAAUGGCGACGAGAAGCUUCUGGUAUGCCAAAAACCGUUUUUUCGGAAGCAAUCCAAAUAAGAUUUGAACUAUGCAAAGAUGAUGAUGUGAAGGAACCAAAGAAAGUUUUGCACAGAGAGACAUAUACGUAGGACCAUGUAAUUUAGUUACAAAUUAAGGUUGGACUACAAGUAUAGGCAUUUCAUUUUAUUUAUUUUGUUUUGUUUCUUUUUUCAUUGAGUUCAACUUCAUAUUCUUUUUAAAGUUAUUUCCAAGUAUAGAAUACGAUAUUAAUUUCAUUAAUAAGCAUUAACUAUAUUAUUCUUUUUUU